AUGCUUACUCUAUUCUCGACAGGAGCUAGCCUUGCUCUAGGACUUGGUCUUGGUGCCAGAGGCGGAGGCGAAACCCAGCCGGGAAGCUCGACACCCUUGGACUGCCAAGUAGCCCAGAAGCUGGAUCUGAAGCCCAAGGCCGACUGUCAGUAUACUUGGGAGCAUUGGUUUGACGAAAAUUUCCUCUGGUACGUGGUCCGCAUCGAAGCCUCCGGCCAGGACACGGCGGGCGGGUUCCAAGGCAUCUAUGACAACAUCCAGGGCGAAUGCGGACACGCCCCAGGCUGUGAUCCGUCGAACCCUCAGUGGUGUGGCAACAACAUGAUGUGGAACUCGCGAGAGCUCAAUGACAGGAAGCUGUACGGAUUGGAAGCUGCCUACAAAAUCGAUGAUUGGAUCCCUGGCGAUGACCAGACCACCUGCAUCACCACGGCAAUUCGGAAGGCCAGCUGUGGCGUUGAUCUUGACUUUGUCAACGGGAAGUGUUACAAGAAGGAAGGGUCCUUCUCCGUGCCAUACCAUGUUGAUUAG